AUGGAACCAUUCAAAUUUAGGUCUAAAAAGGCUCAUAGACCUCCUGCAUACGAGUACUCCUGGAUCUCGUCCCUUCGCGCUCUUCCAAAGCGCUUGUUUUCACCUCCUGCUGCUGAAGGCCGACGUGAUCGUCGCUCGUGCCGAACAUUGGAAGAUAUUCUGGAUGGGAAACACCUUCCUCCUCUAAGCCUCAAGGACUUUGAGGAAUAUUUGCUAUUUGAAGAACGUUCUGCUGAAAAUUUAUAUUUCAUAUUAUGGUUAAGAGAAUAUACAAAACGACAUCGUGCAUGGUUUGCAACUGCAACUAUGAAAUCCCGAUCGCUGGCACUGUCCUUCACUCGAGCCAAGUCGACAUUCUUCUCCCAUUCAUCACCACACGAGCUCAAUUUGGCCUCUAUCUUGAUCUCUAACUUUCUAGUUGCCGCGGAGGGACAACCUCAUCCUCAUCCCUCGGUGUUUGGGAAGAUUCAAUGCGAUGUGGAGCACAUGUUACAGGAGUCGCUUCUCCGGUUUGUUGCUGCCCGUACACACAACGCUGGAAAACAACGAGUGUGGUGCGCCCUCAUUGGUGGUGUCGGAACUGCAUUGGUUUCUUUGGUCCCUAUCCUAGUCUCUAUCUUAGGACAUAGAUCUCGGGCCUUGCGUCUUGCAGCACUUCCAAUUCUAUGGAUAGGUGCAACCAUCUUCUUGAGCUCUAUACACGGGAUUUGCUUCAUUAUCUACCUCCUUGGAGACGCUCGACAGUUGUACCCGUUUGAGCUGGCUCAGCCUCCGAUCUCCUCGCCUCGCCCUAUUGACAACAAUCCUCCUCAGCAUAUACCGCCCUCUAUAUCGGGAUUCGCGCUGGGCCACGCAUACACCAGCUCAACAUCGGGAAAUGAACUUUUUGGAAUAGGAGAAAAGUCACGCCCGAUCCUUGGGCUUUCCAUGUCCAAUAAUAUGCCGUCCCCUCUGACGCCUACCGAUAUCCAUAUAUCGUCACCAUUCCCAGAAUCUCCCAUCGAUGUUCCCACAGACUUGACCUCUCCGCCGCGUGUACAUCGUGCUCGUAAUUUCUCGACCUCAGGUGCUUCAGUAUCAAGCAUUCCAACAAUACCACCUUAUUCUCCCGCCCUAUCAAGCCCGUUUGAUACAGCACCAUUCAUCACUCCAUGGGAUCCGCACGUAUGGAAACCUAGUCAGCCACAGGAUAUAAAAGGGGGUUCAUGGCAAGAUGGUGUCCAGGCUACAAUAAAGUCCUCGCAUUCCUUCGAUUUUGAUGAUCUGCCUGGCCGACGUCGGGUUAUGCCCCCACAACGUUCGACUUCGUUAAAGAUACUUCGUUAA